AUUCACCUACCAGUACGUUUGGGCUCACUGAGAACUCAAAUGUAGUGGCUCACUGAGUUCCUGGUGAAGCUCUUGGGUCCAGUGUAUUUACUGGAGCAAUAGACAAGUUGGUUUCUUUUCAGCUGCUAUGAAACCCAGGUCCUUCGUCUUUCUAAGGUGGGGAGAAGUUUCCAGUUGUAGUUUUACUUGGCGGAUAGAACCAGAUGCCCUCCUGCCUGGAUCCUGCCUGCUGCACAAGGUCCUGCCUCGACCUUACCCUUCAGUCCGAUGCUUGUCAAGGCUGUGUGAAAAGAGGAACGGGAAGGUGGCAGUGGUGGUCUUUGAAGUGUCUAGUCCCUGGGCCUCACUUCUGGUGUUGGAUCUUUAGGUGUUUUGUCCCUAGACAGCCAAGCUCAGUCCUCCCUUGCAGCUUGGAUAAGGAAAUUGCUCUUGCGGCCCUGAAGGACGAGGCCAAAUAGCCUUGUAGCCUCCCCAGUGCAGUGGAGUAGUCUUGACAGUGAUGUCAGGCGUGUUAGGGCCUCUCUAAAAAGGUUUUACAGAGAUUGCGAGCAUCAAGAUAAGAAGGUGAGGGUCAGGCCUCACAGCACCUCUUCUUACUGCAUUCGGGAAAAGAAAAAUGUAUCUCGCCUUGAGAGAUUGGUGUGUACUGAGACUUCUUGUUCAGGUCACCGAGUGACAUACGUUAAGUAACCUGUCUUACACAGUGCCUGUUACUUGCUUUUGGUACAAGCCUCCUACUUCUUGACGGUAGAAGGGUAAAGAUCUUAACGGGGCUCAGCUUGAAGGGCUGUAUUGAAACAGCGAGGAAGGUACCUGCUCAGGAAGAUUAUGUGAUACAGGAUCUUUUGGCAUUAGUAUGACGAAUAGAAAAGUGUAUCUGCUUAUCUAACCAGUCUCUCAGACUAGUGAAAUUGUAUUUUCAGCACAACCUAGAGAUACUCAUGUGGAUCAGAGGUGGACUUGCAGAGCACACUUCUGUCUAAUAAGCAAGAGGCAAAUCUCUAAAUGCACACUUAGUUUCUUUUCAUCGUUACGGAAGUAUUUUCUGUAGCCCGAUUUGAAGUGCAAAUUGAUAUCUGUGGAGAAAUUCAGGGGUGAGGCAUUCCUGUCUUGCUACUAGUAACAAGUAGGACUUGUCCCCAAGCUGACUACCAUACCUGUUGGCCAUGGAUGGGUUACUCCAGGACGUGGGAGAAGUAGGAUGGGCUAAAAGGUUUCAGGGUAAGCCUUGGUAAGUUGCCCUAAAUUCAUAAUGUUGUUGGUCUUCUCUAGCAAAACAAAAUAGGUGAAAAAUCAUCUCUGUCCUGGUAAGACACCGAGGAGAAGUGAAUGUCCUGAACCUAAAAUCUUUUGUUCCCUCAGCUGCCGCCUCCAGCCUGCCCCAUGCCACUGCCUUUCCCAUGCAGCUUCAUUACUGUUAAGUUUGCCCUGGGCCAUUAUGUGAAAGCAAAAGCUCUUUCUGGAUUGGAAAGGACUGAGGAAGCAUUGAAGGAGUUUCUCUAUUGUGUUGCCUUAAAUCCUGAAUGGAGCUCAAUGAAGAAAGAAGCCCAAAAGAUAAUGUGUGAGAUGUUUUUCCCAGCCUUUGAAAAUGUGCAUGAUAGUCUAACAGCACCUUUCUCUAGUCGAACGUCCCAUACGAGAUUGAAACCCGCAUUUCUGAGUAGCAUAAACACACAGUCAGCUGUGGAAGACAGCUCUGUUGCUGGGUCCUCAAAGGAUACUGUGUUCAGGUUAACAAAAACCCCGUCCCAAGAAUCUGAUGUGUUUAGAAGCUCUGAUUCUCCUGUUCCCCAUCAUGUUCUGGAUCUCUAUUUUGAAGACAACAAGAAGUCUUUGGGAGCUAUUCUCUCCAGUUUACCUGGGGCUGGCUUAAAAAGAAAGCUGUCCAAUGAUAUGAGGGAUUUACAAAGCUUGGAUGUCCCCAAUAAGAUUCCUAAAAAAGAUGCAGAUGUUUCACCUGAAAACACCGCUGUCACUUCAAGUGAAAUACCAGCAACUCUGGUGGAUGCGUCGGACUUUGAGUGUUCCCUCUGCAUGAGGUUGUUCUAUGAACCUGUUACCACUCCCUGUGGACACACCUUUUGCCUCAAAUGCCUUGAGCGUUGCCUUGACCAUAAUCCGCAUUGCCCGCUCUGCAAAGAAAAGCUGUCAGAAUUUCUGGCAAGCAGAACUUACAAGAAGACCGUCCUUACAGAAGAACUGAUAGUCCGUUACUUGCCAGAGGAAUUAUCUGAAAGGAAGAAAGUUUAUGAGGAAGAAAUGAAGGAAUUGUCAAAUUUGAAUAAAGAUGUUCCCAUCUUCGUAUGUACCAUGGCCUUCCCUACCAUCCCUUGCCCACUCCAUGUCUUUGAGCCUCGUUAUCGCCUAAUGAUAAGAAGAUGCAUGGAAACUGGUACCAAGCAGUUUGGCAUGUGCUUAGCUGACGAAUUAAAAGGAUUUGCAGAUCAUGGCUGUAUAUUAGAGAUCAGGGACGUAAAGUUUUUUCCUGAUGGGCGCUCAGUUGUUGAUACAGUUGGUGUCCGUCGUUUUAGGGUCUUAAGCCAUGGCCAGCGAGAUGGAUAUAACACAGCAAACAUCGAGUAUCUUGAAGAUAAAAAGGUUGAAGGACCGGAAUAUGAAGAACUUGUCCGCCUUCAUGAUUCAGUUUAUGAUCAAGCUGUUGCCUGGUUUACUUCUCUUAAAGACAAUAUGAAAGUGCAAAUUCUCAAUCACUUUGGGUCCAUGCCUGGAAAAGAACCAGAGCCACAGAGCAACCCCAGUGGUCCUGCCUGGUACUGGUGGCUCUUGGCAGUGUUGCCUCUGGAAAACAGAGCUCAGCUGGCUAUAUUGGCAAUGACCUCCCUUAAAGAUCGUCUUAUCGCCAUCAGACGCGUAUUGAUAUUUGUGACUCGCAAAAGACCCAGAUAACAUGGACUUCAGUUGUGAGUGGGCACCAAAAACAUCUCACGACAGGUUAUUCUGGGGGAGGGCAAAGGGGGAGGGGUUGUUUUGGGGUUUUUUUAAAGAUUCCUUCAAGAAGGAACAGCCCUUUCUGACUGUGUCCAGCAUCCAUCGAUUGCAUCGGUUUGUUAUCCUGGGUAUUCACCAAACCUUGCACUCUCUCCUGUUGUCCUGGUGAAAUCUGAGCCUCUACAAAGCUGUGCUACAGUUAGAGCGUAGCUGAUAGAUGUGGACAGUUGCUUCAAAGUACUACGAUAGAAUUGAUGUUUCUAGCCUGCAAGAGAGUUAAGUACUAGAGUAGCACCAUUGGCCUGCAUGUGAUUUGGAUUUCUACUUGGUAGGAAAAGGAAACUGGACAGUGGAUUGAAGAGGUGUUUCCUAGACUUUCUUGAAGGUAGUGAACAGAAGAGGAGUUACGCUGCCUGGCAGAAGUAUGCAUGAAGACUAACCAACAGUACACUGUUAGUGAAUUGGUAGGCAGUCUGUCAUACACCCAUGUCUCUCUCUCUUCAGCAAAUAACAGUCUGUGAGGAAAACAAAAUUUAAGCUGUUUGUGGUCAAGGCAUCUGAGGAUGUUUAUCUGAAAGAAUAAUAGCUACUGAAUAAGUAGACUAUUUAGUAGCCUUAGGUAAUCCCUCGUGUUGUGAUUUAUGUGUUGUGGCGGGUUGAGUAUGUACAAAAUGUUUGGAAAGGUGUACUUUGGUUUAUUUGAAAAGACAAAUCAAAGUAAUCCUAGCUGGUCUUAUUGCUAAAUUCAAAUCAAACCGGCUCCCUAAAGUAUGAUAAACGCUGCUGUGAAAUAAUGAUUUCACCCCAAGUACAAGGGAGGCAUGCUGCAGUUUACGCUGAACACCUAAUCUGUGAGUGGGACUGGCGAGGAUGAAACGCAGAGAGGUUUCCAUCUCCCUCCUGCCUGCAGUGUCAUGCCAACCUCCCGUUACUUUGGGGUGAUCUCUACUGAACAUGUUUCAAACCGAAAGUAUUGUAGUUUAGUACCAGUUGCUGUAUGUGAUGGAAAUCAGUCCACAAUAACAUCGUGAAAGGAGGCACAAACCGAACCUAUAAAGGCAAGUCUCAAUGCAAGCUUAAGUCAGGUGUUAACCUUCAUUUGUCUCUUGGAUUAUUUUUUUAAUGUAUUGUUUUGUUAAUAUCUAACUUUGAUAGCUAUUAAAUUGAUCACUUGUCAGUCAAAUGAUCAACACUUGCUCAACUGCCAAUGAAAUAACUAGCAGUGUUACCAAUUCAAUUGGCAUAGUUUCCAGUAAGUAGAUCUGAUACUACCAACAGGGAAAAAAGUUGACUUGAAUCUCCAUGUGCUGCAAGCAUAGCAAGACCAAUGUAAAGACCUAUUCACGUACAGAAGUCUGGUAAGAAGAAAUGGCUGUUUACCUAAAUAGUCAAAGUGCCUGGUUUCUUUUUUUUUAGUUCUUUUGUCCUUAUUUGUCAAUGAAGAUGUAUUUAAACUUUUUUUUCACUUUGCACAUGAAUUCUGGAAGAAGACUGCAUUAAAAUGCAGUGGUUGAGAUAUAUUACCUGCUCUCUUUUGGGUAUUGUAGUUAUAACCUGUGUGGUCUGGGAAACAAAAAUACAGAGGUUUUUUCCUUUCAGCAAAUGGCUACCACAAAUGGUUUCUGUAACAUACCCUGAAUGUACUGUAACUGCCUCUACCUUGAACACGCCUUUUCUAUUUAAAUAGUUCGUAAGUAUAUUCUCUGAAUUGUGAAGUGCAUAACUUACAACCAAUGAUGUCAUAACCUCUACAGUAGCCUUCUGCAAGUUCUGCUACCAUCACCAAAAUACUCAAAAUUCAAGUUGAAUGCAUUUCCUCCAGGGUUUGAAGGUGAUGAAGAGGAAGUCACUGAAGUAUAAAGGAAUUGUUCUAUAUAGUGGGGAGGAAAUGUCAGAAGUCAGUAGGUCUUCAGCCCACUGUCAGCUGAGCUACCGAAGGGUGGUUUCACAAACUAAUUCUCAGACCAGAAGAUGGACUGUAUUUGAUCUCGCAAUCCUUUCUGUUCAGCUUCCUGUUCUUCCCAUCCCUUUCCAUGCUGUGUGUUUCUUCUAGACUCACUCAUGUUGCUCCUUUGUGUGUCUGGCCUAGUUUUGAGUAUUACUAGUUUAGCUGCAAAGGGACGCCGAUGGUAUUUGUAUAUUGCUGGUCCCUGAUCUUACAUGUGCUUAAUUUUAAAUAUAGGAGUGCGUUAAAGAAAAAAAAAAUAUCAAGGUGCUAGUUAAUGUCUUCUUGGCUUUGCCUCAGUAACUAAUGUGAAUAUUCUUCUUUGCAAAAGUGAUUUUUUCAAGAUAUCUACUUUUGAGGUACUUCUGAGAGGAAACCCUACGGAACAAGAGAGGUUGUUUACUGCUGUUCUGUAAUGUGUAAAGACACGUUUUACAUGGAAAGUGACAUUACUGUGUUCAUGAAGGCCUGCAUAAUUAAUAGAAUGAUAGUUAUUGAAGAGAAAGCUGAACUGUAGAGGGAUUUUUUUUUGGUCAAGGUUUAAAGCGGUUUGUGAGUAUUUCAGUGACUGAUGUUUUGGAUAAAUAAUAACAACAUAGGAAUUGUCUGUGUAUGGAUGCAAAUAAUCAUAUUAGCAGCCCAAAGCUGACAUUUCUUCCAAAACACUGAAUGCUGAUCAAAUAGCAAAGCUUUAAUAAAUAAAUAAAAUAAAAAAAUCACCACUGCCCUGUGGUACUUGCUUUCUAAGGGAAAGUACCAGUUUCAUUGUUACCAAAUUCUCUCUGCCAUAUAAUCUCUACAGCAUCCAGUAGUACCUCAUGGGAAAAGCUAGCUAUCUCAUUUCUCUCUAGAGGAAAUGUCCAUGUUACGGCCGAUCUAUGCUUAGGUGUAACUUGUUGCCAAGGUACAUGUGGAAGCACUGGAGCUGAGCUCCUGGAAGAGAUAGACAGGAUUCGUUGCCUUUCUAGCUCAUUACACUUUUCUUGCUUGCUGUCCAAGCAAGGAUGCUGGGAUAUAUGAUGAGUCUUUUCACUGUGGUGAACGUGGCCCUUUAUACAUCGUAAAGAGGCCCAAAAAAAAAAAAAUCCCUCUACCUCUACACCUGUUGUUCACCUGUAAAGCUUCAAGCUACAGAAUGAUAUAUAUAUUUUAACCUUUUUUUUGUCUUUCAGAAGCAUACUAAUUGUUUGCCACUGAGGCCUUUUAUCUACUGUAUUUUAAUAUGUUCAUUUGAUAGUCAUCGAGAUCUCUUUGUACUUCUAACCUGUAGAUCUUGUCAUGUUUCUUACUGCUCCUUUUUCCUUGUUCUCCAGUCCACUUUUAAAUUGAUAAAUAGAAAGCUGUACACUCUCUAUUCCUAUUACAUUUUACACUAGUGGAACUGGUAUUUUGGUAGCGCCUUAAUUUUGCAGUUGUGAAAUGAUUGUAUCAACUCUUAUCUGGGGCUUCUGACCAGAUUUAAACGAGUAUGUUUAAUGUAGAUAAACUUGAAACCAUUUUUUACUGUUUUAAAGCUAGUUAUGAAAUGGAGUGUGUACAUAUGUAUAAAUAUAAAUUAUUAAUCUGCACCUUUUUGUAUCUAGUAAAUACAGGAGAAGUUCAUGUUCUAACCACAUUUGGCACUUCUUGUUGCAUAAGCAAAGCCAAAACUUUUUUUAAAAAUUGCAAUGUUCAUUUCAUGUAUAUUUGCAAUAUUCAUGGGAAAUGUAUUUAAUUUAUGUGAUAUUUGGAAUAAAACAGAUUGAAUUUAUAAGA